AUGAAAACUCCACUGAGGAUAUUGACCGUGAACUUAGCUUCUAACUCAGAAUUGGAAGGCCCCACACAUAAAAAGAUACGUUGGGAAGACGAAUGCAUUGGCUUUAUAGGAAAAGACCUUAUGGAUAAUGUUCAGCCCCAUGAAGAUGCACUAGUAGUUACACUGCGGAUUGGGGGCUUUGAUGUAAAAAGAGUUAUGAUAGAUCAAGAAAGUGGGGCAGAGAUAAUGUACCCUGACCUAUAUGAAGGGUUAGGACUUACCCCCGAGGAUUUGACAAAGUAUAAUAGCCCUUUGGUGGCCUUUAACAGAAGUAUCAUUCUGCCAGCUGGACAGGUGACUCUUCCCGUGGGGGUGGAAGGAAGAAAGGAAAUGGUCCACUUUAUAGUAGUACACUCCUACUCUCCUUAUACAGCAAUUCUUGGAUGUCCUUGGAUCCACUCCAUAAGUGCAGUUCCUUCUUCUUUGCAUCAAAAGGUAAAAUUCACAACCGAGCAAGGCAUUGCAGAAAUACGUAGAAACCAGAGUGUGGCACGAAGAUGCUAG